UACUUCAACAACUCUUCUCUAAAAAUAUUUGAUUAUACCCUUUUUGAUAUACCGUUUUUGAACGCGUUCGCCAUUAUUCUUGGUUGUUUUGACGAAACAUGAUACAUAUACAUACGUCGUAGAAUUUCUCGGUCAACAACAGUCAUCGGUAUCACGUCGUCACACAGUUCACAGUCACUAUAAUUUUCUUCGACGAGUAUUGCUGUGCUCUUACUGAUUAUAGGUUAUAGCAGGUUACAGGUAUAUACACACCACUGUGCAUAGUGCCGCCGUGGUAUUCAUCAGAUCACUAUCAUCGCUGUUACAUCGGCGUUGAAUCAUUAGGCACAGUGCAAUGUUCCACCAGUGGUUUAAAUAUCGUGCCGACGACCAUCUGUUUGGAUUGUAGUACUUAGGCUCGUACUACGAGCCUCGUAGUAGCGCAGAAUGGCCGAGGCCGAGCAGAGGAACAAAGAGAACUGCAUUGUCGUCGGGUCGAAGGAAACGAUGCAAGUGAAGCAAGAAAAGCGCGAGAACACGUUGACGAAUGGCGGCGGAAAAGGAUCUGGCGAUGACGCGGACAGCCUCGAAGAAUUGCCCCUUGAUAUCGGCGAACACUACCUCGUACGAAGAUCCGAUGACUCUUGGCAUCCAGCGGAGAUCAUCCAAACUCGAUACAACGAGAGCGAAAGUCAUUACGAAUACUACGUACAUUACGAAGGGCACAACAGGCGAUUGGACGAAUGGGUACCAAGGGAUAGAAUCAUGUCCAGCAGAUUUGAUAUGAGCGACAGGAGUUGGAAGAGUGGAGACAGAAACUCUGGCACCGAUUUGUUGGCAGAUUCCUCGGAUCGUAAAAUUACGAGGAACCAAAAGAGGAGGCAUGACGAAAUCAAUCACGUUCAGAAGACGUACGCAGAGAUGGAUCCCACGACUGCGGCGUUGGAAAAAGAACACGAAGCAAUCACAAAAGUGAAAUACAUCGAUAAGAUUCAGAUCGGAAAGUAUGAGAUCGACACUUGGUACUUCAGCCCGUAUCCAGAGGAGUAUGGCAAGCAGCCGAAGCUGUGGAUUUGCGAGUACUGCCUCAAGUACAUGCGGCUCGAAAAAACUUACAGAUAUCACAUGAGUGAAUGCACGCACAGGCAGCCGGUUGGCAAGGAGAUCUAUCGCAAAGGCACGUUGAGCAUUUGGGAAGUGGACGGAAAGGAGUAUAAAAUUUAUUGCCAGAACCUGUGCUUGCUCGCGAAACUUUUCCUGGAUCACAAAACCCUCUACUUCGACGUAGAGCCGUUUCUAUUUUACAUCUUGUGCGAAGUCGACAAGCACGGAGCUCACCUGGUCGGCUACUUCUCCAAGGAGAAAGAAUCACCCGAUGGGAACAACGUCGCUUGCAUUUUAACUCUGCCACCGUUUCAAAGGCAAGGAUAUGGAAAACUGUUGAUAGCUUUCAGUUAUGAAUUAAGUAGGAUAGAGCAAACCGUUGGCAGUCCAGAGAAACCGUUGAGUGACUUGGGAAAGUUAUCGUACAGGAGUUAUUGGAGCUGGAUUCUUUUAGAAAUUCUCAGGGACUUCCGAGGCACUCUCAGCAUUAAAGAUUUAAGUCAAAUGACGAGUAUCUCGCAGACGGAUAUCAUAUCCACGCUGCAGAGUAUGAACAUGGUUAAAUACUGGAAAGGACAGCACGUGAUCUGCGUGACACCGAAACUGGUCGAAGAGCACAUCAAGAGUAGUCAGUACAAGAGGCCAAGGUUAACGGUGGACAGCAGUGCUCUUAGGUGGGGAGCUCCACCUCGGAAGAACGUGAAACCUGGCAAGAAGUAGCGGCGGGAACAAAAA